AUGCUGUGGCCGGAAUGGAAGGAUUCCGAUCUGAAUAACGAAAAAUGGGAAAUCCCCAAAGGCGGGUUGUUCCUGGAUGCAGAAACUGUCACGAUGCCGCGAUCUUUGGAGCCUGAUCAUUGGAUACGAGCGAAAGAUUUAAAGCACUUAACUGUGAAGCCACCGUUGGCAGAGUGGAAGAAGCAUCGUUGGUUAAAGUGGGCCAUUUCGCGAAAUGUAAUCGAUCCUGCCGAUUACUUCGUUCCGAUCCGUUACUUGAAAGUAAUCAGCCCUCUCGAAGAAUGCAAAAAGAGCACCGCCUCAGUUUAUGAAGAAAAUAACAUCGCGGGAAAUUCUAUCCCUCCGAGUGAGAUUGAGCAGUCUGAUAAAGCUGCACGGAAGACGAGAUCCGAGAAAACACCAGAUGUAUUCAUCGCGAUGAAGGAGGAAGCAGCGGGAGAUGUCAGUCGAUGGGUCGACUUCAACAAGAUAGCAUCGUACGUGAUCGAAGUGCAUCUAUUUUAUAAGCUGCAAUACUUUCAGCACUCGAUUCAAGUAACAGACAACAUGUUGAAAGCGACCAGCGAGAAUCAUAAAGCAGCAGCUACGAAAGAAAUAAAAGAGGAGACAAGAGAUAUGAAUAGCAACAGUUCAAAAUUCAAAUAUAAACCUGUGUAUUUGUUUUGCGACUCUCUGGACAAAAAAUUCUUCCUGAUCAAUCUCUGUGCUGGAUCAAAGGAGAAGAAUGCCGAUUUGCGACAAAAAAAUUAUCUAAUCUUCGAAAAGUAUAAUUGGUUCUUCGGAGCAGAUCAAUCAGAUCAAUCGGUUACUAUUUCGACGAUAGGCAAUAAAUCGACCGUCGUAGAAUUGGAAGGUGGCAGGCAACUUUUGCGAGUUUGCUGCCACUUGAAUUCCGGCGUAGCGAUUAUUUCUUCCGACACGAGUUUCCACCUUGGAAAUCGGACGGCUGUGCAAGAGCUGAUGAUCGUGGAAUCCGACAGGAUCGGGCGAACGUCGAGGAUAAUCAGCGCCAGCCUCUGUGAAGCUUAUCGAUCGUUCGGAACGAAGGAUUAUCCGAUAACGUUGAAAGGCUACUAUCGUAGCUACAUGCCCAGCUCGCUACAUGCAUCUUCGAAAGAAAACAAAAAUCUUCGAAUGCUAAUACACGAUGCUUUCAUGAAAGAACAAGUCAGAUUGAUCAAGGAAGCAUUUCUUGAUGAAGAACUCGGAAACAUCCUUCGCUCUUUGAGAAUAUUUUUUCUGAAUCCAAAUAUCAGACUAGAAUACGAUUUGACGACUCAGAAAAUUUCUCAAGAUUACACAAUAAACGAGGCUAAAAGAACACGGUUUCACACAUCGCGCAAUGAUAAAAGUUUCUUGAAUAACGAUCAAGCGGCCACGAUAAUUCAAUCCUUCUUCAAGAUGGCUCUCGUGAAAAAAUAUAAGCAGCUUCACAGUCCCGAUGACGCUCUGCAUGCGCAGGCUCGCAAAGAGCUUCUAAAAAUAUCCGACUUAUUUGAUUCGUCUUUAGCAAAUCAAUUAGUGAGAAAUGUCAUCAACAAUAAUAACAGUCUGCACGAUCUGUAUCCUUGCUACGCGGACUUUGCGCAUGUUCUUAAUAUUCAGGAGCUCGACGGUGUCGUGGAAAGCAUCAAGCACGAACAGUGGUUUCCGAUUGUUCGACUCGUCGCGAGUCCAAAGCCCGCGGAGACAGUUUUUGCGGUCCUCGAGUUGCUGGUCGAUCUUCCGCGUUUCGCGUUGCGUGUCUUCAGCAACCACAACGGACGCGAGAUAACGCAUGUUAUGAAUCACGUGGCUCGCUACGAAUACAUUCCGAAUGGUUACACCGUGCUCGCUUACGGCUGGAGCGAGGAGCAACGCUUCAAGGAGCUCGACUGGACGAUUCGCGCGAUUACUAUAAAAGGAGAACCUGCGCUUCAUCAACUGGACGAGCAACGGCCUUUGUCUUUCGACACUAAGCCGCCCAAAUUAUUAGUCGGAGAAUUGGUCGGUACAUACAUUCCGAACAUCAAGAAUUGCAUCUCGCGGUGGAUUCUGCGAGCGACUUCGGAAAGCGUCGUUUCGAUGAGGCUGUCAGUCUCUUACGAUUUCGCGGAAAUUAGAAUAAAAGUCACGGAUGAAAAGGGCAACGUUUUGAUCGACGAGCAAGGUGGCUCCAAGAUUUUGUUACCCGUAAUAAUUUUGAAAUAUCCUGCUGAAAACGAAGAUGUUGGAGCCACAAAAAAUGAAAUCAACAAAAAUGCGAUAGAAGAGAAGAAUUCGUAUUACGUAGAGGCUUUCGUGCUCAACGACAGUUGGCCUCUUACAGAUAUCGAAUGGACAGUCGUAAAUCGAAUAAAAAUGAGAAGUGCAGGAAAUUUCGAAACGCAGACACAGUUCGGGAAUGAAGUAUCGUUAAGUUCGGACGAGACAACGAUGAGAGACUCAAAACAGAAUGAUGAUCAAGUUUUGGAAUCGCCUUAUUGGAUUCUUCAGGUCGUUGCAGACGCUAAGAAUGCUGUAGAGCUCCGUCAAGACAAGAAAAGAGAGCAAGAAAUAGCGUUACUGAAAGAAUCCUGGUGGUCAAAGGAUUCAGGUCGAUCUGAACGUGGAAAGGAGCUGCGAGAUACUUUCUUGAAUAUUCACGUCUCAAAAAUCGAACCCGAAGCACUUGUGGACGAGAACGAAAAGCAUUCGAAAAUAAUAAAGGAUAAAAAUAUGACAUUUUGCUUGUCGCAUGCGAGGCAACGCAGAACCUUGAAGUCACCGGAGUUUCAUCAUCGUCUGCUCGCUUUAAACCUGACAAAAUACGUAAAGGGAGAUGAGAUCGUGGAACAGUAUCAGAUAAAAACAAAACACGAUGACGAGAUACUGAGAAAACAACACGCUAUGAACAUCGCCGAUAGCCAGGAGAAUUAUUCCAGUUAUUUAGAAAACUUGGCCGAUCUGACGAACAAACAGCUGCGGAGAUACGCGAAAUUCUUCAGAAAGAGAGAGGAGAAUUUCUGGAAAAGAAGAGCUUCGGUGGAUAGGGUUUGUGAAAGGAGGAAAGUUCACAUUAAAAGUUUAACAUCCGAGAGAGCGAAGAUCAAAGAGAAAAAGAAGAAUUAAGGAAAUUAUAUUUUGCGGAGCAGCGCAAUAAUUCGCCGAUUACGUUUAUAAACGCAAUCGUUGCAAUGCAACAAUUAAUUGAUAUAUUUAAAAUGAUAAAGAACUUGAGCAAUUCAAGCGACGAGAGGAUGAAUUGAACUAUUAUCUGAUAAUAAUAAGCGGCGACGGGCAGCUUUCCGCGGAGAAACCGAUUGAAAUGUUAUUUUGAGUAACUGCUCUCUCGACAGCACGCUGCUCUUUUGCUUCGCGCUGAUGACUGUUUACGAUGUACCUUUUAAUUACGCUUUCCUGGCCGCCGAAGAAAGAAAUAACGGCGGUUCUGCCUAUUUUUCAUCCGCGACUAGUCCACGCGAUCUAGCAGGAUUUCUUAUCAAACUGCGGGAGGAGAAAGAAUGUUCCGAAAUAUAAUGAAUACUGUAAAUACAUGCAGUACUCCGCAAGUACUGCAUUUUUAUCAUUAAAAUGUAUUAUAAAAUUAUUGUAAAAUAUUUAAAUUGCCAAAUAAUUAUUUU